AUGCUGCCCACCCCACCGUUAUCGCCCAAGAGCGCGUCACCGCCAGCCGCUGCCCCGGACCAGGGCGAUGGCGUGGCUGCACUUGUAGGGGUGAGCCGAGCGGAACCAAGUCGUCCCGGAACGUUGAGGCGCGCAAUGGGCGACGCCGAGGUCGCGGCGUACGUUGUGUCCCGUGAUGGGACUGGUGAUUUGUACGCCCACGCCAACACGUCCGUCCCGCAUACACAAGCGUGUAUGGCAUGGGCGCUGGUACUCCUCCGACACCCGCUGCUCGCCUCUUCCAUAGCGCUCAACCAUGACCUUGAGGGAUCGGAGACGUGCUUGGCGUCUGUCGCAGUGCCGGUUGUCAUCUCGUCUCUCGCGCCAGGUGUCUCGUCUCUCGCCGCAGAUGUCGCUGGACUGGUGUGGUAUCGCGCUUCCGCACUUGACCGAAAACUCAGCCGACUCAGCCAACUCGGCCGAGAGCACAAGAGUUGUCUACAUGUCGCGCGAUUGCGUGGUGCCACAGCGCUGGCGGCACGGAGAGCGCUUUGUGCCGCGCGGGUCGAGGACGCACGAGUCGCGGCUAAUAACCCUGGUCUGGGACUCGGUAUCGUGAUCCCUCACCGUGCAGCUCCCGUUCCGCUAGGCGUGCUCGACCCCGACGCGCCUGCACCACCCGCUGCUCCGCGCUGUCUACUUACGCUCACCGUGUCUGAGCCAACGUACUCUUCCGACGUGGACAGCGUGUUGGUCGGCGCGCGGAUGCCGCCUGGCGAGGUUGGCGUGCACGCAUAUGUCGCGGGUGGAAAGCUUACGCUCUCGCUUGCCUACGACGUCAACGGCGCGGUUGAGGGGUGGUGGGCGGACGUGCUGGGGCUUGUGAGUGAUGUUUUGCUGCAAUAG